AGAUAGAAAAUUCAAAAUUUAAGUAACAUCGUCGAUGAAGGGAAGACGAGCACCAGUGCUACAGUCAAGCUAUUUCCUUUUCACGUUGACUGUCAACACACGUUGUUGAAAUUUUUUCUAAAUAUUUUGUUUAUUUUUUGAUUUUUGUUUGGCUAUUGUAGCAGCAAGUAUAUCCACUUGAAACACUUCAAAAUGUUGAUGCCCAAAAAAGACCGCAUUGCCAUUUAUGAAUAUUUAUUCAAAGAGGGUGUCAUGGUUGCAGAAAAGGAUUUCCAUUUUCGAAAAGCCCAUCCAGCUCUUACUAAAGUUCCAAAUUUACAUGUUAUUCGAGCGUUACAAUCGUUGAAAAGCCGUGGUCAUGUUAAAGAACAAUUUAGCUGGCGACAUUAUUAUUGGUAUUUGACCAACGAAGGAAUCAAUUAUCUUCGUGAAUACUUACAUUUGCCACCUGAAAUUGUACCAGCAACAUUGAAACGUACCGUCAAGCCGGAUGCUCGUGCUCGCGAUAAACUUGACGAUGCCCCAUCAAGAGGCGGUGCUGGUGGACGGGAAUCUUAUCGCCAAAAUGAAGGAUAUCGAACUGGUUAUGGACGUGGCAUGAAACCAGCCCAAUAAUUUUUUUUAAAAAUAAACAUUUUAAUAAAUAAAAUGAAAAAAAAUUGACUAAAAA